CCUAGCUAGGCCCGGUUCAUUUAAGCUCUACUCCGUAGAACCUCGAUCGCCUUGAGUCGAAGUAUUCUGACGUGUCCGCGAAUCUCCAGCCAAGAACGCUGACUCAGCGGCUCUUCGCCAUCUCCGAGAGGCACCAGACAACCGCUCUCUCCGGAUUCCCCGGUCGACAUUAUCUCAGUCAGCGGACUUAAAUCUCAGCAGACAAUGCCCGCGACCAACCCCGGCAGCUAAUACUCGGCGAUCACAACGGAGGGGAAAUGCCUCCCAGCAGAAGCGGCCCCGAGGGCCGCACUAAGCGUCGGCGCCGCGUCUAUGCAUGCGACUCGUGUUACAGGAAAAAGAUCAAGUGUGAUGGGACACUUCCUAGGUGUGAUUGGUGCUAUCAUCACAGCAUUCCGUGUACGUACACGCGGAACCAGGAGGUCGCCAGCCUGGGUUCGCCCAAUGCCCAGGAACAGGAAAGGAGGGAUACCCCUAGCACCCCGGCUUCCGACACCAGUUUCUCACUCCAAAAAGGAUCCGGGUAUAAUAGCACUCCUGAGAUCUUCUAUACUCCUCCCGGCCCUCAACCCCUCGCACCACAAGGCUUCGGCACCGACAUAUGUUUUGCAGGUCAGUCUUUAGGGAACAUCUGCGGGUUUAAUGGAUUGCCGUUCUUCUCUCCAGGUGGUUUGAAAUGGAUCAGAGAGCGUACAGGGGACGAUGGCUCUCUGGAUUCGUAUAGCUCCGGUGCGCCGCAUGUGUGGCCGCCCACCGAGACGAGGGACGAACACGAAAGCAGAGAACGUGUCGAGCUGCCCAAUAAGAAGGUCAUCCGUCAACAUCUCGAGGCCUACCAGAUCUCCAUUCACGGGCAACUAUUUCCGUUCCUCAACCCCCCGUGCUUUGAGCAUACCAUUCGAGCGGCAUACGAUGAAGAGCUCUCGGAUCUCUCUCCCAGUGUAAAAUGUGCCAGGGGGUGCAUCUUCGGAUUCAUGGCAAUGGCGUCGUAUUUGACGGUGCCCCCUCGCGAGGACGCGAUUAUGAGCGCAGACAAGUAUGCCAGAGAGGUUCAAGACCUGCUGCCAGAUAUAUCCAGGGAGCCGGUCAAUCUGGACGGUUUGCAGGCGGUCAUCAUGCUAUGCUUCUGCUGCACCGCACUAUCCGGCGACGUCUUCAAAAUGGAGCUCCUCCUCUCCUGGGCUGUCCGCUACAUCUUCCAUCUGAAGGGAAAUCUCUAUCCCACCAUCGCAAAGGGCGACCACGCCCACGCAAAACUCCACGUCCGCAAUCUGUUCUGGAUCUGCUUCAUCCAGGACAAGUUCUUCGGCUUGCGCACGGGGCUCAAUCCCCUUUUCGACCCCAUGAACUGCGAACUGACCCUCCCGGGCGGCGAACAUGGCCACUGCGACCCUCGCAGCUUCCACCCCUCGCACCAACAGAAACCCUCCGCCUUUAUCACCCUGAUACGCCUCUCCAUCGUGCAGUCUGAGAUUUAUCGCGGCCUCUAUAGCUGUCCCGCACUCCGACAAAGCGACGCGGAGCUCCUCGGGACAAUCCGCCGUCUUGACAGUGCCCUCGAGGAGUGGUGGUCGUCGGUACCGGUUUUCACCGACGACAUCCACAACGACCCGACGAUGGCCGAUCUUCUUUUUAAGAUGCAGUAUCACUACUGCAUGGCUGCGAUUCAUCAGACAAGUAGUCGGUGUACAGCCUGGGUGCGCAACCAGGAUACGCGUGCCGCGGGCUCAAGUCUCGCGAUUAGUAUCGGGGCCAGUCGCGCUGUGCUGAACAGGUUUCUUGAUACAUCGCCACAGCUUCUGGGGCAGUUUGUGAUGUUCUGCCUCCCCGAGCUAACAACCUCAAAUAUCCACCUCUUCUCCAACAUCCUCACAAACCCACUCGAUCGCGCUAGCUGGACUGAUCUCGAGCUCAUGAGAGUCACCAGUCGGCACGUUGAGGAUCAUCUGUGGCAGCAGGCGCCCGCGUCGUUUACGGCUCAGGUCAGGCUGGCUGAGCGGUUUAUGGGCGAUUUGCAGCGGUUGGCGUCGUGCGCGAUUGUUAAGGCGCAGAGGGAGCGGGGAGUUGAUAGGGUGAUGGGUGAGGGGUGAGGCCAUUCGGUUUAGGGCUUGUUUGAUCUUACUAGACUUUAGACUAUUGGAGCGAUCUUGAUAUCUUGUAUUAGUAUACUGAAGCGUCUACUCAUCUCAUACAAUGUCUGUGCAGGAGGUACUUCCCCUCCGAGCUUGCGCCAUUCGCAAUUGCCACAAGCAGAGCGCAUGACAAAACCCACCUCUCGACUCCGAGUUCUCAAGGCUCACACGGAGUGCAACAUGAGG